GAUGCACAAUGGCCAGUCAGAUGGACCACGGCGGGUCGGACACACAGACAUCCUCGCCCCUCCUCCGCGUGGGCGUGUCCCUGUUGAGUGUCUUUUCCCGAGCUCACAAACUCACCGCCGCAUAGUGAGCGAGACGCGCUUGUUGUUGCAACCCAGUACACACCACCGAAGAAGAAGAAGAAGAAGCGCAAUGGCCAGACGGCCGCAUGAUCAGACCAGUCUUGCGACCUAGGAAAAGUACAAAAUGGACCCAAAGAGCACAAAAAGCAGCAGGAGGAGGAGGAGUGGUCGGUGCACAAAUGUUUUGCUCCAAGUACUUCGGCUUUCCUUUUUGGGAGCUGCUCCAGUCCCAGCUUUCGGUUACUUCCUGGGGGACACCAAGGCGGUGCUGAACGGCUGCAAAGACCACUGGACCCUGCAGGACAGCACGUUCACGCCCUUUUUGUCCCAGAUGACUGUGUGCUUGGAUGUCCGAGUGCUUUCCCCUGGAGCCUGGGUGGCCUUCUCCUAUAGCUCGGUCCACGCACCCAUGCCCGAUCUGGGUCUGGAAGGGAAUGAGGGGGCAGUGUACGGGUGGCUGCUUGGGGUCCGGCACCGCUUUCCCGUUAGUCUGUCCCUGGCUCGGUGGCACACGGUGUGCUUGAGGAGAGAUGUCCCCGGAAAGUCAUUCAGCUUGGAGCUUAAUGGACGUCUGGUGGCCAAGCGGACGGUCAUCGCCCAGGCCAUCCCCCCCUCUGGGUCCCUGUGGCUGGGCUGCCGUCCUCGGCAGAGGCCGCGCGGCGCAGUGCUCGGCCAGGUGGAGGUCUACAUGUUCCGGAUGUGGGAUGACCUGGCCCACCGCGGCCCCUGCGAGGAUGGCACCGUGAUUGGCUGGGACGCCCGAUUCUGGGGCCUGACCAGCCCCAGGGCUCGGCAGACGGAUCGCCAGCUCCACUGUGUUUCCGCAUUUACUGACAGCCCCCGUCAAAGUCAACCGGCGUCAGUCAUAGUGACACCUCGGGACCGCAUGGAAAAAUCUUCAAAAAGCGAGAGCACAACAUCAUCGGACAUCAACGGCUCCUCCGCCGUCACCGCCAGUGAAUUCACAUCAAACGACGAAAUCGCAUCUCGGCCACUGAAUUUAGCCCCGCCCGCUGAUCACAUCCUAGCCGGUCGCCUCUCGAGUAGCAGCCGGACACCUCAUGAAAGGUCCCAAAAAUCAGCCCGUAAAAUUGCUGACUCGUCACUUCCACGUGGAAGCGCAAUCGCACCCCUCAUCAACGACACAUCACGGUACGACGUAACGACAACGCCCUCUACGUCUGACUACGAUGCAACCACACGCUACAAAGGAUUCACACGUCUUCCAAAUGACACAGUGUACAACAAAACAACUCCCACAUUCCUACCAUCUGCCAGCAACACCCUUGACGACAAUGUAACUGCAGUCAGUGAAAUCACACCCCUCAUCAAAGACACCCCACGAUUCCACCAUACUACCCCAUCCACGACGUCUGACGCCACAACGCGCAAAACUUUUCCACAUCUUCCAAAUGACAAAACGGGAUCCAACUUUUUACUCCCCUCUGCUCACAAAACACUUGAGUACAAUGUAACCGCAGUCGGCGCGAUCACGCCCUUCAUCAACGACACGUCACAACACAACCUAACAACACGAGUCUCGACCUCGGGCUAUCGUGUAACCACGCACCACAAAACAACCGAAACGGAGUACAACGUAACAUCUGACUUGUUACUUCCGCUUGCCGACACUCCUCUCGAGAGCAAUGAACCACCAGUUGGUACAACAGCGGCUCUCCUCAAAGACACGUCACGACACAACCUAACUGCACCUUCCUCGACAUCGCCCUCCAAUGUCACCGCACUCAAAGCAUCAUCACCCGUCCCGAAUGACGCCACACUGCAGAAUAAAGCAACUGGCAGAUUGUUACCGUCGGCUAACAGCACACUUGAGAACAACGCGACAGGAGUCGGUGCAAUGACGCCAUUUGUCAAAGACACACCGCCAGACAACCUAACUGCAGCUUCCUCGACAUCACUUGCCAACGCAACUCCACACAAAGCGUUUCCAAAUGACCCCGAGGUGUACGAUGUCACGGCGGCCGACGCAUCAACACCCACUGACAUCGCGGACCUCAACGGGACGACGGCGAGCGCGAUAACGCCCCUCAUCAAAGACACCCCGCGAUACAACCUAACUGCAGCUUUCUCUUCAUUAGUCGACGACGUGACCGCACACAAAGCGUUUCCAAACGACACCGCCGCGGAUGACAUCACGGCAACCGACGCGACACCAACUGACCGAACCGACCUCAGUGUAACUCAAAUAAGUGCGUGGGUAUCCUUAAUCAAAGACGCGCCACAAGACCACCGAAUGACAUCCUCCCCUCAACCGGUCGACGAUGUAACGACUCGCGAUAAAGCAUUGACAUCCGGUGCCAAUCGCGCAGCAGGGAACACAGCCAACGUCCUUGCCGAUCGACACGACAGCACUCCCGCAAGUCGCCCGACGUACGCACCGACAACCCCCGGCGACGCGCAACCGGACGACGUAACAGACAACCGUGACGCCGCCUUUUCCCACGGUUACGCAAAGCACAACGUCCAGACAGCCACGCAAAAUUCAACGGAUGGCGUGAUCGACGACACGCCUCUGAAAGCGACCGUUCCCGAUAUGAACAAACAUCCCGCCUCUUACUGUCCGACGACGUCCGAUGACAUAACGCCGUCGACCACAAAUGCCGCAGCUGAAGCGAUUGAUGACAUAACAACCAACAAACACGAGGACGCGUUCGCAGUCUCGACAAACGAUCGUCCUGAAGCCCGAGUGGAGUCGAGUACAAAAGUCGGGGCCUCCCGUGAACGUUUCGCAAGAACCUCUGCCACGAUGACCGCAACCACAACGGAGACGCUUCAAAGUAAGAACGCCGCGACGGAGUCUUCCUCACCCGGGUCGGGAACUCCCUCCAUGUUGUCUUCAGGUACAAAGAACAACCUGGAGGAGCAAGCGGAGAAACUUCUGGAAAAAACUCGGGACGCAUCUCAGCUCAACUCCUCCCAGGUGGCAGAGUUGGUGGCGGAGCUGGAGAGGCUUUUGGAUGCUCCCGUCGUGUCUCAAGCUUUGGGCAAGAAAGCCGUCAGCAUUGUGAGCAACCUGAUGGAGGGCGACCCCCUCGCCCUUGACGCCUCCUCCAACAGGAUCAUUGCAGUGGUGGAGGACUUGGGUCUCAAGCUGCUUCUAACCGACGCCCCUGUCGUCCUCUCGUCCGGCUCGCUGGUUCUGGCCGUCCAGAAAGUGGACGGAAGCGACUUUCCGGAGAUGUCUGUCAACAUCGUCAACACCGAGGACGUUCAGAUAAGCGAUGGCGGCGAGAGGUUCAAGAAUCGGGACUCCGCCAUGGCUUCCGUGUACCUGCCGUCUUCCAUCAUGGAGGCCUUGAGUGGUGACGAGCGGAAGCUCGUCGACAGGGUCCAGUUCACGUUCUACAGUCAACCGAUCCUGUUCCAGGACGACACAUUGAACAAUCAGACCGUGGUCACUUCAGUGUUGGCAUCGAGCGUCAGCAACGUGUCAAUCAGCAACCUGACUGACAACAUUCGUUUCACCAUUCGAAACAGCCAACCUAUACACCAGGCUAGCUACGAGGCCGUUUGCGCCUUCUGGGACUUUGCUAUGAGCGGCGGCGCAGGUGGAUGGAGCACCACCGGCUGCACUGUGGCGAGCGCCACGUCGUGGAGAACGACGUGCACCUGCAGCCACCUCACUUCCUUUGCCGUCCUGCUGGAUCUGUCCAGAGGCGGGAUAAAUGACCGCAAGCAGGCACAAAUCCUCACCUUCAUCACUUAUAUUGGCUGCGGCAUUUCGGCCAUUUUUCUGGCUGCCACAUUGUUGACGUACCUUUCGUUUGAGAAGUUGCUGCGUGACAUUCCGGCCAAGAUCCUGGUGCAGCUCUGCUUUUCGCUGCUCCUCCUCAACUUGGUCUUCCUGCUGGACGGCUGGCUGGCGCAGUCCCCGGCUCGCGGCCUUUGCAUCAGCACCGCCUUCUUCCUGCACUACUUCCUGCUCACUUCCUUCACCUGGGCGGGGCUGGAGGCCUUGCACAUGUACCUGAGCAUCGUGCGGGUGUUCACGCCGUACCUCAGCAGAUACAUGCUCAAGUUCUCGCUCAUCGGCUGGGGGGUUCCAGUCGUCGUUGUGGUUGUGGUGAUCUCGGUAGACAAAGACAAUUAUGGUCUGGUUUCAUAUGGACGGAACAUGGACGGCACCUCCGGGGACUUCUGCUGGGUGCGCAGCGACGCGGCCUUCUACGCCGGAGUGGUGGCCUACUUCCUGCUGGUGUUUGCUUCCUGCCUGCUGGUCUUCGCCGUGGUCAUGGUGCAGCUGUCACGCAUCAAAAAGCAGAACCCGCACAACCAGUCGCCUCAUCGCGGCGUGGUGGCCGACCUGCGCAGCGUCGCCGGCCUGGUGGCGCUGCUCGGCCUGGCCUGGGGCUUCGCGCUGUUUGCCUGGGAGCCGCUCUACUUGCCCUUUGCCUACCUCUUCACCAUUUUCAACUCUCUGCAAGGGUUGUUUGUCUUUAUUUUCCACUGUGCCUGCAAGGAGAGCGUCCGCAGGCAGUGGCAAACAUUCCUGUGUUGCGGGCAUCUGCGUUUGGCUGAAAUCUCAGAAUGGGGUCGGGCCGCCGCUCGGGAGAACAGGAACUUUGCCGUGACGACGUCGGGCGUGUCGACUCGCCAGCUGGCCUCUCGGAGCUCCUCGCUCGCCAGCAACAGCACCAACAGUGGCAGUUCAGUGUUUGCAGACAGCGGCAUGUCUGAGGGUUCGAGCUGCGACGUGGUCCUCAACGAGCUCCACAGACAGACUGUCGCGUUUUAAAGAAAUUCCACUUUAUUCCUCGUCAUUCUUGUCUCGAUGUACAUUUAGUUGUCAGUAUUUCUCCUCUGGCAGUAAUUGAGCGUCCUCGCUUUUUGCAAUUCCAGACAUGUCCACUAAGUGGCAGUGUAAGACCGCUCAUCGGUUCGAAAUGAAGCGGUUCGAGAGAGUUCAGGAAUUCAAGCGUCAUCAUCACGACGGUUUUCAAACUUCUACCUUAAAAGAUUUUUUUUCAAUUUAUUUAUUUUCAGUUCGGGACAUUUAUGAAAAUAGUGAAGGAUUGGAGAUUAUUUUGGUCGGUCGUCGCCCGCCUCGGGGCUGUGUCACAACAGUAGCCAGCCUGUCACUCUGCGGCGGGAGGCUAAUAACGGCUGGUUCUCUUCAGGCCAUCGGCGAGAUUACAAAAAAAAAAGAAAGAAAAGAAGAUAUUACAACAGCAAAGCAACGGGUGUUGCCAUGGUGACAGUAAUAACAGUCAGAAAUCAGACUUGUGAGUUACGACUUCUCCAAAGGAUCAUUUGUCUCUUGUGUGUCCUCUUUUCGGGAACUCAUUGGAGGACCUCCGAGGAUCGGCUCGUUGACGGUGAAAGCACGUAAAACAAGAAUCUUGUCAUCAGCUUCUCCCAGAAACAAUACAGCAUUCUACUUCAUUAAAAAAA